CGCGUUGUAGCAGUCCUUCACCCGCCAAGACCUCCCCGGGCCGGCUGGGACACGACCUCCGCAUGUCCCUGGACUCAUUUUGGAUGGAAGCGGACGGUUUUGUGGCCCGGCGAGCGCCCGUCGAAGCUCCGGGAGUCGACGGUCGAGAGAUCCGAUGGCUGGGCGGCAGAAUUCUGGACGCUACUGGAGGGUUUCACGGAGCUUUGCCUUUCACGACACCCAGAAUGGACCCGGACUUUGCCCCGGCGGGAGUGCAUCGAGCUACGCCGAUGGAAAGCUCGUUAGAUGUGGAUACUGAAAUAGACUAUGAAGGCUUGCCCCAGGGAGCAGCCACCAGCACCCACAUGCUGGCAGGAGCCGUGGCUGGUAUCAUGGAGCACUGCCUGAUGUACCCCAUCGACUGUGUCAAGACUCGAAUGCAGAGCCUCCACCCUGAGCCUGGUGCACGAUAUCGUAACGUGAUGGAUGCGCUGCGGCAGAUCGUUCGGACGGAGGGCGUGUGGCGGCCUAUUCGUGGCGUUAAUGUUUUGGCUGUAGGGGCGGGGCCUGCACAUGCGCUCUACUUCGCCUGCUACGAGAAAAUCAAGUUCAGGCUCAGUGAUGCCAUCCACCCUGGAGCUAAUAGCCACUUUGCUAAUGGAGUAGCAGGAUGCAUGGCCACAGUGAUCCACGACGCCAUCAUGAACCCGGCUGAAGUGGUAAAACAGCGCAUGCAGAUGUUUAACUCUCCGUACCGUGGGGUCCUUCACUGCAUCUCGUCUCUGCUGCGGUGUGAGGGCCCGGCCGCAUUUUACCGAAGUUACACCACCCAACUCACCAUGAACAUCCCCUUUCAGGCUCUCCACUUCAUGACCUACGAAUCCCUCCAGGAAACUCUCAACCCUCACAGACAAUACAACCCCACCUCUCAUGUUGUGUCCGGGGCGCUUGCUGGAGCAUUAGCCGCGGCUGCUACGACACCUUUAGAUGUCUGCAAAACCCUUUUAAACACCCAGGAAGCCCAAACGGUGAUGAUCCAAGCGGAGGGGGCAGGUGCGGUAGGCGGGAGACACAUUUCAGGAUUGGGAGAAGCAUUUCGGACUGUCUACAGAACCGGAGGAGCAGCAGCGUUCUUUAAAGGAGUCCAAGCAAGAGUGAUCUACCAGAUGCCCUCAACGGCGAUUAGUUGGUCUGUGUACGAGUUUUUCAAAAAUGUCAUCACCAAAAGGCAACAUGAGAGGCUAUUCAAGUGAAAAUAAACCAGGAAAAGUUUUCACCAGGAAAGUAUUAAGAUAAUAAAAUGGCAAACUGGAAGCUAUUGUUUUUAGAGUUUAUUCAAAAUGGAAAGGGACGUUCAACACAAAACCGUAGUCAACUUUUGAUUCAAACAGGGAAAGGAACUAAACAUUUAAUAAGUGAGAACACACUUUAAAGCUUCGAUCUGUAAUUAGACUGGUCAAUCCAGCCAUGCUGCAGCCUAAAGGCCAGGUAAGGGGUGGAGGGGCAGGUUUUUGCCAUCUACUGGUGGAAAAAAACCAAAUAAAUCUAAUAAACUUAUGGAUGGUAGCUUUAACACAUUAUUUUUGAAAAAAAAUAUCUGAACUCAAACUUUGUAGGUUGGCCACCAUUUUAGCUAAGAUAUUUUAUGAUUCACAAGUAUGAUAUUCUAGGUUAAGUUUGGCUGCAUUUUAGGCAAUCUAAAAUGGCUUUGAUUAUACCCCCAGUACAAAAUGUGCAUAAAAAAUGCUAUUAAAAGAGCCAAAAACGGUGGAAAGCAGUUUUAUCUACUCUACAUCCAAACAUUGAUAUUUUUGUUCCUCAAAGGCCAUAGUCCAGCACUUUAUCAACUUAAUUUUAGUACAUAAUACCAUUUUCAAAGGAACAACAAAAUUCUAAUGCACGUUUAUUCAGCACCUAAGGAUGUUGGAAAAUAUUUGCUUAUUUUGAAAUAGGUUUGUUACAACUCAUUGCCACCAGAGGGAGCCGCACUCAAACAAGUGAGAGAUUGUCAGAGGGGUUGUUUUAUGUGGAAGUCAUUGGACUGUACAGAAUGACCUCCUCCUUGGUAAAUUAAAGAUAACAUACAUUUUAGCAUUAUAUUUUAAACGCACAUGUUUGUCAAUAGCUCAAGUGCCUCAGUAAUAUAGAAUAUACAUAUAUUCGUCACAUUUAAAAAAAGAGGUUGAAUAAACCUUGGGUUUAAGAGUUAACUCCAGGUUAAUCUUUCCUGAGACGCACAACUCAGUUUUCUGUUUCAUGAAGUAGGUUUGGAGCAGUAUUGGAAAACUCAGAGAUAGUAAGCCCUGAAUUUAGCAGAAUUUAUCAAUGGAUCCCAGAAAAGAGCAUUCACCAUGGCAACGAAACCAGUGAAGACUUUAAUGACAUAAAGUCAUGUGACUGUGGAACAUGCUUUGGACAGAUCAUUCAGGUUUAAUAUAAAAGAAAUGUGGAGGAGCACAUUGUUUAAUCAAUUUAUACUAUUUUAGUAUGAAGAUGCAAAUAAGAUUAGUUCAAAAUAACUAUUUUAAUAUUUGAUCUAAGAUGUUGAGAGCUGUGUAGCUCAUUGAGUUUUUAAAUGUAUGCACUUCCUAACACACUUUGGUGCAUAUAGUAACGAAAGAAGUAUUUGAGUAAAAUGAGUGUAAAGAAGAAAUGAAUACAAGUGAAACCAUUAAACUCGUGUCCAGCCUUAUUAAGUGCACCUAGUCCAUCUGUGACAGUCCAGUCAGAGCUCUACUUCAGGAGCAGAUUGAUCUGGGUUAGAGGAAUAAAACCUGCUCUGGACCAGGUUAGGUUCAGAGUGAGUUACCAUGGUGAUUACUCAGGGUUUAGGUUAACUCUGUGUAACUGAAAAGUCGCUAAUUGAGCUCUUUUCCGGGCUAACAAACUCUUGAGUUUGGACUAAACCUGCUUCUUGAAACGGGGCCAUUAUUCCAGACCAACAUUUGAUGCUUCGUGCGUAAAAUAUAUUUUUCUAAAAACUAAAAUUUAAACCCAUUAAAAUUUAGGUCAUAUUUAUUUUUGCCAAUAUAUCUUAAAUGUGAAAUGUACAUUCAUUUAUUUUGCUAAAGAUGCUAGCAAUUUAAAAAAGUGAAGUGUAUUUUUAAUGGUCAGAUAAAGAAGGGAUUUAGGUAAUGCUGUGACCAGCCGCCAUGCUCCAACGCACAAAAUACUACAACAGCAACCGCUACAGUGGUCUUUAAAAUAAUACAACUUAGCCAGAGGUGGAGCCAGAACCAGGAUCUGUAUUCGGUUAAAAGUAGCCUAUAAUAACUUCAGAUGAUAUGCCUGUAUAAAGUAAAUUAUUAAAAGUACAUCUUCUACUACUACUAAGACUACUGCACGAAAUUUGUGUUUCUUAUGAGAAAUAUACACAUAAACACUCAAGUUAUAUAUUGCCUUUUUUCAAUAGAUUAACACACUAAGCAUUUUAAAGUUUAUGCACAUUCACUUGUCUAGACUAAUCAAAUUGGAAUUUCUUUAGGCCUUGUUUAAAUUUUCACUCAAGUUCUUGUGCCUUUACUGGCAACAACGGUAAUUUUGUGUGCACAGAACGUUUGGCUGAAUAUUGGGUACUUUUACAUAUGAUUUAUUUAUUUAUGCUUGAGUAUGUGACACGACAUUUAAAUUAAAAAAUACAACAGUGUGGGAGUAAAUAGUAGCAGUAGUUGGACAGCUUGCACAUUUAUUUUUGGAAAUUUUUUAACUUAAAAACUACCAAUUUAAGUGAUUAGAUUGAGAUCUUAAAAGAAAGACAAAAUGGGUGUAUGGUUCACCUUUUCUACUGCAAGAAAUUUGUGUGUGAAUUUAGUUACUUUCUUCCUCGGGGCAAAGCAGUGCACUUCAGAAACCUACAACCAGUUAAUAAAAAUAUAUUUAAGAACAAACUUUAGAAGCAAUGGAAUUGUAGUGUGGAGAACUGUAUGAAAAUUGUGAACAUGUUUUUUUUUACUUUGACCUCUUUGACCUUUGUUUCAUUGCUUUGAAGCCAAAGACUGGAACAGAGUGGACAACAUGUGAACUCUAAAUAUGAACUGUGUGAAUUGUGUACAUAUAAAGUUUAUGGCAGCUCCUCGCAGAAGCAGGGUCUUCUCUUGGUGCUGAUUCCAAGCGCUGAGCGAAAUAAAUUAAACAAAAAUUAAAUUUAAAAA